GGAUCUUGAUUGAAUGAAUUGAAACCAAAAAUCACGAGCGAGCAAAAGUGAAUUGUGCAGAGCCGGUGGUUUAUUGUGUUUUUAAGCCUAACUCUACAAAAGAUCUCAAAAUGGUCUCCCUAAACCCCAUCAGAAUAUUGAAAAAUGAAGCUGAAGAAGAGAAAGCUGAGGUGGCUCGCAUGUCCAGUUUCAUCGGAGCUAUUGCAAUUGGCGAUUUGGUAAAGAGUACUCUGGGCCCUAAAGGGAUGGACAAAAUUUUGGUCUCUAUGGGUAGAAAUUCUGGACAGGUUGAAGUCACAAAUGAUGGUGCCACAAUUUUGAAAUCAAUUGGGGUUGAUAACCCAGCUGCAAAGAUUUUGGUAGACAUGGCAAAGGUACAAGAUGAUGAAGUGGGUGAUGGUACAACAUCAGUCACUGUCUUAGCUGCUGAACUGCUUCGUGAGGCCGAAAAGCUGGUUGAGCAGAAGCUGCACCCUCAGACAAUUAUUGCCGGCUGGCGCAUUUCUGUUGACGCUGCCAAGAAAGCUCUUGCAGGAGCCAGCUUCGACCACCAGAAGAACCUCAAUGAUGCGGCACUCCGUGCUGACCUGGAAAAUAUUGCUCGUACCACAUUAAGCUCCAAGAUUCUCUCUAAUCACAAAGAACAUUUUACAAAACUCGCCGUGGAUGCAGUGCUCCGCUUGAAGGGUUCAGGGAAUCUGAAGGCCAUACAGAUCAUUAAAAUCUCUGGAGGCCUCCUCGAAGAGUCAUUCCUGGAUGAAGGCUUUCUUUUAAACAAAAAGGUCGGAGUGCAUCAACCAAAACGCAUUGAAAACGCCAACAUUUUGAUCGCCAACACUCCCAUGGACACAGACAAGAUUAAGGUGUUUGGUUCAACCAUCAAGGUGGACUCUAUGGCCAAGAUUGCAGAGCUGGAGGUGGCCGAAAAGGAAAAAAUGAAGGAUAAAGUUAACAAGAUCUUGGCACACAAGUGCAAUGUCUUCAUUAACAGACAACUGAUCUACAACUACCCGGAGCAGUUGUUUGCGGACGCGGGCGUGAUGGCCAUAGAGCACGCGGACUUCGACGGCAUCGAGCGGCUGGCGCUCGUCACGGGCGGCGAAAUCGUCUCCACCUUCGACUCGCCCGACAAAGUCAAACUGGGACACUGCAAAAUUAUCGAGCAGGUGUUGAUCGGCGACGAGUGCCUGAUCCGUUUCUCCGGCGUGGAGCUGGGCGCGGCGUGCACGGUGGUGAUCCGCGGCGCCACGCAGCAGGUCAUCGACGAGGCCGAGCGCUCGCUGCACGACGCGCUCUGCGUGCUCGCCGCCACCGUGCGCGAGCCCAAGGUCAUCUACGGCGGAGGCGCGAGCGAGAUGCUGAUGGCGGAGGCGGUGUCCCGUGCGGCUGCGCUCACGCCGGGCAAGGAGGCCGCCGCGGCCGAGGCCUUCGCCGUGGCGCUGCGCCGCCUGCCCGCCGCCGUCGCCGACAACGCCGGCUACGACAGCGCCGACCUCAUCGCAAGGCUGCGCGCCGCGCACGCGCAGGGCGACUCCACCGCCGGCCUAGACAUGAACAACGGCGUGGUUGGCGACAUGAAACAGCUGGGCGUGACGGAGUCGUACGUGGUGAAGCGGCAGGUGCUAGAGUCCGCGGCCGAGGCGGCCGAGAUGAUCCUGCGCGUCGACAACAUCCUCAAGGCCGCGCCGCGCCGUCGCCAGCCCGACCACCGCCCCUGCUAGG